CACAUGAUUCUUAUUUGCUUUAAGUAAAAAAGCGGCAUUUUAGCAGUGCAGUGUGUUGCAUAAACGCAUUUAUGCGUGUGUGUUAAACCGUUAUACAUGUCUUACGCGUCCCCCCCUCGCAUGUAAAGUGAAGUGUGUUGAUGAGAUGUGAGAAUGAUGCUGGAAAGGGUCCUCCUGCGUCUCCUCCCCUCCCUCCUGUUCUCCAGUCCUCACCUCCACUCCUCAUUUCCCGUUCACCCACGAGAAGAGCUCCAGCCGUCCAGCAUCAUGUCCUCAGACGUCCAGCUGCGUGACCAAACGGACCCACAGACCACCUGCGACCCGGAGAGCGAAGACCCCGAGAGCGACUGAGAGCAGGUGCCUGAAAUCACAAGUCCUGCCUAUAGGAAACAGACCAGCUGUACCCGUGUCCGGACACCAUGGAUACAAUAAACUUCACCUUCUGGAAUGCAUCUGAUGGCAACGAGACGACAGAGACAGUGGACGAGAGUCCAUAUAAGACAGUGGAGGUGGUGUUCAUUGUACUGGUGGCCGGCUCACUUAGUCUGGUCACUGUGAUCGGGAACAUUCUGGUCAUGCUCUCCAUCAAAGUGAACAGAAGCCUGCAGACUGUCAACAACUACUUCCUGUUUAGCCUGGCCUGUGCUGACCUCAUCAUUGGCCUCUGCUCUAUGAACUUGUAUACAGUCUACAUUGUAAUUGGAUACUGGCCACUUGGGCCUGUUGUGUGUGAUUUGUGGUUAGCGUUGGACUAUGUGGUGAGCAACGCUUCAGUCAUGAACCUUUUGAUUAUCAGCUUUGAUCGUUACUUUUGUGUCACCAAGCCGCUAAGCUACCCAGUAAAGAGGACGACCAAAAUGGCGGGGAUGAUGAUUGCUGCCGCCUGGGUGUUGUCCUUUAUCCUCUGGGCCCCAGCCAUCCUGUUCUGGCAGUUUAUCGUCGGUGGGCGAACAGUGCCAGAGAAAGAGUGCUACAUUCAGUUCUUUUCGAACGCGGCGGUCACGUUCGGCACGGCCAUAGCCGCUUUUUACCUACCGGUCAUCAUUAUGAUGGUGCUGUACUGGCAGAUCUCCCGGGCCAGUAAGAGCCGUGUCAAGAAAGACAACCGGAAGCCGUCGGGCGCCAUCCCCGACGUUGCUUCUCCGAGUCAGACUCGCGAAAACACCACCAACAAACCUACCAACAACAACGUGCCGGCCGAGGAAGCGGAUCGAGGUCAGACCCAGAUCACAGAUGACGCGGCCAACCAGCACGACGCCAAACUUCAGAACGGCAAAGCACCGUCUACUGCCAGCGGAGAAGUGGAAGCGGAGGAGGCAGUAGGAGGUAACUGCAUUCCCGCGGAGGAGAAAGAAAGCUCCAACGAUUCCACCUCAGGCAGCGGAGCCAUAACGAAUCAAAAAGAUGAAGCGGCACUGUCUACAGCCAAUGACGGCCAGGCUCCCGUCAGGCACCGCGCCAAGCCUGGAGGUUCCAAACUUACUUGCAUCAAGAUCAUCACCAAAUCGCCCAAAGGAGAUUGUUACGCUCCCUCGAAUGCGACAGUGGAGAUCGUUCCAGCAACCGAGAGGCAGAACCACGUGGCGAGGAAGAUCGUUAAGAUGACCAAGCAGCCGCCCAAGAAGAAAAAAGCGCCGUCCUCUCGGGAAAAGAAGGUGACGCGCACCAUCAUGGCCAUCCUGGUGGCGUUUGUGGCUACGUGGACGCCCUACAAUGUGAUGGUCCUCAUUAAUACCUUCUGCUCCAGCUGUAUUCCCAACACGGUGUGGACCAUUGGAUACUGGCUCUGUUACAUCAACAGCACCAUCAACCCCGCCUGCUACGCCCUGUGCAACAUCACCUUCAAAAAGACAUUCAAACAACUGCUGCUCUGUCAGUAUAAAAAUAUACGCUCCACUCGAUGAGCAGCAGUGUAUGUGUGUGCGUUUGCAUGCAUGUAUUUCUAUAUUUUACAUGUGUGUUUUGUGAAAAAGGUAUGUGUGACUGUGUGUAUACGUGAAAACGAAUGAUCGUGUGACUGUCCGAAGGCUUGUUCCCAUCGACAACGGCUGGAAGUCACAGAGUCUCGUAGGUAGCCGCGAUAUGCAGCUGUAUAAAUCCCACCGUAGUCCGUGCAUCAUGUGCCUGCUCAUUUACAUAAAGCUGAACUCUGCUCAAUUUUCUCACAUCGCUGGUAUGUCAGUGUCAAUUGCCAGCUCUCAUUGAAAAUGAGUGACUUCCAGCCGCUGCAAAUCGCUGUUAGUGUGAACGGCCAUUAAAGAGUGAGAUUGAAAAGUGAAUCUACCCCACAACUCUGCAAAAUUUCUCCAGACCCGUCAUUCACAAAGUUUUACGAAUCCCCAGAUCCUUGUUUGGUGAAUCUCAUUACGCUUUCAGUUACCAAUAAGGCUGGAAUACGCUCAGCUCCAUUUAACACAGUUUAAAAAUUGGGUUUAUACCCAGUCGACAGAUUUUCUUUUGAAACCACUGCAGAAACACAAAAGUCUGGGCCUGUUAUGUGUGUGUGCGUGUGUGUGUGUGUUCAUUGUUUUUUUAUAGAUAAUAUUAUUGUAGCACUUUACACACAUAGAUGUGAUGCAUGUCUCAAAAGAAGGAAAUGAACUGCUCAACUAUUUGAUUCAUUGCUAAAAUGACAAAUAAUUCAGUUGGUCAGAUUAGAGUCUGUACUAUACAGUAAUACACAAAUAAGGGACACAGGGCUGACUGAAGAUCCAAACCAAAUGUGUUUGAGCUUCAGUAUAAAAUCAUUACCUGUAUAUAAGUGUACAGUACAUAAUGACGUAGUGUAUUUGUGUUGAGUGUGUGCUAGCAUGCUGAAUGAUGUCGGAGAGGUUGAUUUGAAUAGAAUGUCUGUUGAAGCUCAUUUAUAGUCAUUUCACUUCUGUACUGAUGUAUUUCACAAUAUUUUACAAUAUAAAUGUGAGAUGAAAAGUAUCUGAUGCAUCACAGAAGAGAGGCAUGUGUGAAUUAGUACUUAAAAAAAAAUGUAAAAAGACAUUUUUAUUUUGGAAUAACGUGCACUAAUAAAUCCUGCACAAAAUGACAGGAACGAUUUUCAGUUUGACAUUGACUUAAAGUUUGGAUCAAAUGGAGUGUUGCGACAGGUAGCCGGUGCCGGGUGUGUGUGUGUGUGUGUUCUCUCAGAGAGCAACGAGAGAUGUGGAGAGGCUCUCGGCUGUCCCGUAUGUUAAAGUGGAUGAGUUUUGAGUGCUCGGGGGCUCUGGGGAUGCAAAUCUAAACCUUUUAAAGUGAGCAGACAUGCAGGAUAAAGAGGCUCUCACAGACACGCACACAUUAGCAUCCAGCUCACCUCUGCUUUGCAUUUACACAAAACAGUUCACUCGUGGCUGAGCUGAAAAAUGAAAACACCAGCCACAUACAGAGCGAAAAGUGUGGUAAUUUACAUCUAAUACUCCAUAGUUAGUGGCCAAACCGUAAAACACCUCUCAGAGUUCUUAUUAAAAGGCCAAACGAUUUUUGGCUCAUUGUAAAUGACAUGAGACGCUGAAAACGUACCCUUUUGUGUAGUCUGCGUACACGUGCCGCUCUAAUGACCCGAUCAUACUCUGAUCUCUCACUUCAUGAUGUGCCUGCAGGCGCUUUGUUUGUUUUGGGAAUUUUGCUCCUGUCUCCCAAAGCUGUUUGUGUAUGUUUGUGUAUGCACGCGUGUGUGUGUGUGUUUGUGUGAUUGAUCACCCCGGAAAGGGGUUUAAACUAAAUCACAGGUUUUGGCCUUGUGAAUUUAAAGGGCUAAAGUAUAUAAGCUUUCUCAUCUCAUCACGAGCCACUGUGUCACCAUACGUCAGUUUUGAUUCAUUAAAAUCAGACAUACAGAAUCCUGCCUAAAGCAGAAGAUUAUGGGAUCAAUCAAUCCGUUGAUCAGAGACGUGCAGCUCAGACAUGACAGUGAUGAAUGUUGAGGGAAUACUGUAGAUCUCAAGCCGAGAGAUGAGCUUUGAUGUCUUGUUUGUUUAGGGGAUGCUCUUGUACUUUCUGCGGUUGAUGAUUACUGUAAUUCUGAAACUGAAAUCUACAAAUGUUCAGAGUCUCACGUGGUUAAAGACACUUACAUCAAUGUACAGUGGUAACCAUAGUUUUUGCAAAAAUACCAAAUAUGCUACAAUUAUUUUUUGUGGAAUCAUAAUGAUUAACCAUAAAACAAUAAAUAAAGCAACUUUUUCAAAAGCUGUCAGAGUGUUAAUAAUACAUUGCCUCUGUUUUACCAUAUAGCAGUUCAUAUCUCCACACUUCUCAAGGGUAAAUCUGAGCACAUUGUUUCAGAUCUUGUUUGAGAUGUGUGAGAUCAUUGGAGAUGUAUUUUGCCGGAGACAAAGCACUAGACUUAAAGGUUUUCAUUUGCUCUCAUUUUUUGUCUUAUUGUUAUCUAAUAUGAGAAACAAUUGAGGUAUUACUGUAAAGUGUUCUUAUUUGGGAUUUUUCUUUCCUUUGUAAAUUAUUCUUGAUAUUUUGGUGGUUACCAAUGUACAUUUUUGUAAGUGGAUGAAUCCUUAUUUUUUCUUGCAUUAUCAUAUUUUUCUUUCAGCUCUAUAACCAAAACUUUUAAAGUAGUAUUGUUAUAGAGGUGAUUCACAUAAUGUUGUCACUGCUCUCUCUGUGUGUGCGUGCGUGUGUGUGUGUGUGUGUGUGCGUGUCAGAGUAUAACAUGCACAGCGAUAUUAUUCUUUGAUUAAAGUAUUACUGCUGUGUCCACAUUUACAUAUAUUCAAAAAAGUACAGUACAAAAGUCUUAGGCCACCAUUAGAUUUGUUGUUUAUGUUUAUGGUAUAAUGAUGACCUUAUAAAUAUUUCUCAGUCUCUUUAUUUGAAUACAAACUGAAAAUACUUGAAAUUUAUAACAAAAAGAAAAGAAAUUCUCUCCUUACACUUGCGCAAUAACCAGCACACUGUAAAAAAUACUUUGCUGCCUUAAAAUCAACCUGGAUUUACAAGUCAUUUUAACAUACUAUUAUUUAUAUUGACUAGAUAUGAGUUGUUAUAACUACAGGUACGUUGUUAUAACUAAUAAAAUUAAGUUGACUUUUCUCAACUAUAUUUUAUAAGUUGUGACAACUCAUCUCUGUUGACAUGACUUGUAAAUCUGAGUUGAUUUAACAAAAAAUUUUAAGGCAGCAAGUAUUUUUUACAGUGCAGGAUCUCUUAAACCGAAAUGAAAUGAAAUCCUAAUUUCUAUUUCUAAUGCGAUUAAGCACUUCAGUCUCCUCAAAAAAGUUCAAGAUGUGUUUAGUGCCAAGAGAGGUCCCAUGAAAUACUGAGGUGUAUAAUACUUACGUAUUUUAGUUACAUUUUCCAAGCAUCUGUGCUUUAUCAGAGUGUUUGUCUUGGGAAAAAAAUUACUUUUUUUACUAAAAAAUGUUCACUACAUUCUAAAGCAUAGAAUCAUACUGUGUAUUCAUAAUAUAUUGCAUAUUAAAGUUGAUUUAAUGCCUUAUUACAUAAAAAUUGUGUACUUUUACUUUCUUGAGUAAAAGUACGAAAAUAUUUUUUACUUAAGUAAAAGUACAAAAAAAUUACUAGAUGUUUAAUGUACUUAAAUAUUAAAUAUAAACCAAAAACGUGAAAUUAUGAAAUGUAGUGGAGUAAAAAUGAUGAUAAUAUGUUUUGGAAUGUAUGUUUUCCAAAGAAAAACACUAAUAAAAUACGAAUAAUUGAAAAUGUACUUUUAUGUAGAAAGUAAAAAUACUUAAGUACUCUGCUUUUACCUGAAGACAUUUCUUUUUUCCAAAUAUUGUUUUGAAAUGUUUCCUGUAUUUUCUGUUUGUAUCUUGCAAAAAAUAAAUAUGGAUGAACAUUAAAACCUCUACACUGCUAAAACAGCUGGUGGUGGCCUAAGACUAUUUAAGUGGCAGCAGUGUGAAGGUCAUGCAUGGGGUUCAAUUCCCUUGGUUACUGAUAAAAAUGCAAAGUCAUUUUAGAUAAGUGUCUGCCAAAAGUAUAAAGGCUUUUCUUUAUGAAAUAUACUUGUUUAAAAUUAAACAUCAUCUUAUCUGGAUGUAGAACUAAUGCUUUAGUGUUGUGAUGAAGUCCUUUACACUUCAGAUGAGGGAUUGUCAUCUGGUACGGAGCAUGUAUGUGUUUAAUCUCUCUGUGAUGGAGGUCAGAGGUGGUGACAGAUGCCCGCUGGUGUUGUGCUAUUAGCUACAUGUAAGAGAGAUAAUGCAGGUGUCAGAUUAAGUGUUCAGAAAGAGAUCUGGGAGUUAAACACCCUCUCCUCUGACCCCAUCCUUACAUGGAGAGACACUCAUCUAAUACACUCGCUCUGUUCUUCACAUAGCGAUAAGAAGAUACAGAGACACUGUUAGAUUUACAAAGCACAGCAGGUCUAUAAGCUUCAUGAGGUCACUGCUAUGUGUGGUCUACAUCAAAAGUCUACUUAUAAAGGUUAUUUAUAGGUUUAUUUAAGUAUUGUACCACCACAAGCAUGUACUAUUGUGUUUACUGCACUAAAUCUGAAAGUAAAACAACAACCCCUAUCACGGUGUAAACUCCAUUUAUUAUUUACACAAUAUCUUUUGAUGUUCUAAAAGUUAUUUUUUUCCAAAGAUGUUCCUGACAUCUGUGAGAUAUGAGCACAGACGUCUGUGUAUGUUUUACUCUACACACACACAUGCUAUAUCUGAUUGGUUGUGUGUACUGUGAUGUUCAGGGAGCUCAUCUCAUCUUCAUCCCACCACCAUCAUCAUCAUCCUCUUGAGUAAGCUGACAGCACAAUUUAUACAAAAAGGGCUUGAGUGUGUUUUCAGAUCUGUUACUGAGUUUAUUUAAUGAAGUUAUUUCAGUGUUCUUUUUUUUAAGCUGACGUGGGUGUAUUGUUUUAUUUGAAAGUAUCACACGAGAAAGAUUUAUGAUUUAUUGUGGGGGUUUGCGUGUCUAGCGCUUGUUAUAAGUUUAGCUGUAAAUAUUUCUUUCUUUUAAAAACUUUUUGUCUGUGAGCACAAACACUUAAAAGUAUUUGCUUUGUGUGUGUAUGUGUGUGCGCUUGUGCGUGCAUGUGUGUGUGUGUGUGUGUGUGUGUGUGUGUGUGUGUGUUUCAAUGUUUGUGGUGUGUGUGUGCUGGUCACACAUGUUGUCUAUGUGAAAUUUGUAGUCUCAUGACCCAGACAUCAGUGCAGAAAUACAGCACAUACUUACAGUACUUAUGUAUUUAUACGUAUCAUUCCAGGAGUGUCUAAAUAGUAUGUGUGUGUAUAUUUGUGUGGGGGGGUUGUGUGCAAAUUUGGAGACGUGUGUAAGAAAUGUCGUAUGUUGGAGGUCAUCAGAGCGGCUGACAAAGACACAAAACUAUCCAAUGAUCACUAAAAACAGAUAAACAAUAUACAAACCAUAAAAAAUUUCCAAUAUAAGAAAUACUACAGUCCCAAUGAGUAGCCUUUAUCAAACAAUAGUCAUAUUUUUACUAUAAUCUUUUAUCAAUAUGUAAAUAUAAGUGGAAAGUUUGAUCUGAUUAGAAUUUUUAAAGAACCAAGCCAUACAUUACACCAAGAGAGAAAGCAGACAGACGACAGUGUGAAAAAAUCACUUUAACUUGUUGGUGGCCAUAGCAACUAAACCAGAAUUCUUCACACGUUUGACUUUAAAGUUGGUGUAUUUUUUUUUCCUUUUUGGCUCAUUAAUGGUGAAUUGAGGAUGACAGAGUUAACGUGCUUCGGGCCAGAAACCGACUCUUCUCAAGUAUGUGAAUACAGAGAGAAACGCUUGACCACCACAUCUCAAGGAAAAUGUUUAACAUUUGCCCUUGUGUGUCUGUGACGGUAAAAAACUCAAUUCUCUGGGGCAUGACAGAGUUUCCUUCAAAUAUCUGUGGCAAUAAAAGAUGUGUUGUUAUUUAGGUAACAUCCCUACCUAUGUCAUAUUACUAACUUGAUCAGGAUAAAGUACUGCUGCUAGAAAGCAGUUUACACUCAUACUGUAUAUGUUAUAGUGCCAAAUGCAGCAAUGCAUGUAUUUGUGUUGAGAUAUGAGGUGUGAAACACAUUGCGUAGUGUAUGUUUCACACAAACGGGCCGUGCACUGACUGUUGUGCAAAGAAUUAAAACAAUUAUUUUUAAAGCUGAACUACUUUUAUUUGACAAGCUCAUGGUGCAGGAUGCUGAAAACAGUGAGACGUGUUACAUCGGCCAAAGACAUCUGUCUGUACAUAGAGCAACAAUUUAAAAACCAGCACAGGCAGAAGAGAUGAAUGCGUUCUGACCUGCCUCACACGAGCUGUUGGUUUUAUCAGUAUACCAAAAAUAUAUGAUUUUUUCAGCUGGACUUUGGGUUACGGGGCACAGGCUGGUGAAAUUGUACAGUAUAUAUACAUAUACAUACACCCAGAUGGGGGCACGUGGGAGGCCGGUGUAAAUAAUAUUGUUUAUUUUUCAUUGCUACGCGUGUCAUGUGAUUUUUAUUCACUGUAAGUUGUGACUUCCAAACAGUAGAUGUGUGCUUUGUCAUCAUCUUAAUAUUUGUAUUAUAAUAUAUAGUGGACAUUCUAUGUGUAGCACAGAUGAAGUGUAAAUACAUGUGUUUAAUAAUAAAUAUGAAUGUUCUUGAUCUUUAUUAGGGCAACGGUCGAAACGGCAUUCUGGAUUGUUGAUAAUUGAUGCGAUAAAAUGGUAACAAAUUGUGUUUAUAAGAUUUGCUGUAUUGUGCCAAAUACUUUUGGAGAAGAAUUCUAGCAAAUAAAGAUGUUAAU